AAAAACCAAAGUGUCCACGAUGGGACUAGAGUCUAUUUAUUCAUUUAUGAUAAAGCGCAUGAUGGCAGUAACCGAUGAAAUAUUCGACUCAGUAAAAGACAGUAUAAUUGAAUAUGAGAAGGAGAUAGAGCGUCUAAAGCAGGAGAACUGUUCUCUGAGGAGCAGAAACUGCAGCUGUGCAGAAACAUGCCAUGAUACUCAGAGAGAUGGAUGUCUGCAAGGUCAGACGGCUUCAGAACUGUCAGAAAUACGAGUAAAGUUGGAGGUUGCCACUGUGAUGUCCCAUGAGCCUUUGAGUCAUGCUUCUCCUCUUUCUGAAGCAGUCACAGGCCAGGAACAAUAUCAGUGCCUCUCACUUCUGCCAGAGGUGAUGCCGAAGAAUGAAGAUACACAGUCAUCAAUCACAGUUAAGUCAGAGCUGUGUGAUAAUCAGGCCAGUGAAUCGAACUCAUCUGCAGUGCAGUCUGGCAGCAAUUGUCAUGUUGAACUUAAACUAGCUGAACAAGAACCGUCGUCUCUUCAACUUGAGCUUGAAACCUUUGAUGAGGUGUUACAAAAAGCAAGGCGAAAACACCAGAGUGCAUUAUGCAAGAUUUGCAGCAAGUCUUUCAGGAACAAUGGACAUUUGCGGAAACACAUGUUAGUACACCAAAAUGAGAGACCUUUCUGCUGUGGUUCAUGUGGGAGUCGUUUUAAAACGAAAUCCAGCUUAAAAGAACAUGAGAGACUUCAUACAGGUGAUUAUCGCUACAGCUGCCCAAGAUGUGGAAGGGGUUUUUCUCGAUCAAAUCAUGUCAGAAAGCACCUUAAGGCAGCCUACUGUCAUAAGCCUUAAAAAAAUGAAUUUAAAUUUUAAUGUUUUAUUAGAUAUACUGUAUUGCAAAUUAAAAUAUCAAAACAAAUAUCUGAGAGAGAACUCUGCUUUUCUUCUAAUGAUAUAAUGUUAUUAUAUGAAAUAUUAUUUAAAAUAUUUUGAUUGCUUUAUGCAGCGCCUGUAACUCCAGACAAUUUAAGUAAUAUACUUUUCCCUUUUGAUGUGUCCAUAUUUAAGGCCCUAGCACUGUCCCAGCAAUACGAGGUUCUCAGUCUGGCUCCUUGCGUAUAUUAUAUUCUACACAAUUUCAAAGGUUAAAAAGCAAAUGUGGGUCACAUUGCAUGAUGCUGCUAGUUUUUCUUAUCCAACAAAACAAAGGUCAACAAUCCCUUUAUUUAUUCAACAUCACUUAUAAGCAAUAAGAAUAUGAGUUUUGUAGUUUGAGGUGAUGAUAGCAGUGAUUCUGGUGCAAGUUCUGUUAUACCCAAUGGCAGUUUAUAUUAUAUUAGAGCCCUGCGCAGACUGUUUUCUUAAUCCCGCUCCCGCUGAAUUUCUAACCAUUACCGCCCGCACCCACAACGUGUGUUUUCCACUCCCGCCCGCACCCGCAAACAUUCUUGUAGAAAUUGUGAAAAAAUUACACCAACA